AUGGAGGCCGCGGGCCCCAGUGAAGCAAAGAGCGGCAAACGGAAGAUAGAGCCGGGCAAGACAACUGCCGACGCAGGGAACAGAGAUACCUUGAAGGACGAGGUCGUGAGCGAAGAAGGAGAAGAGGAGGAGGGUGAUGAUGAUGAUAGGAACGAUGAAGAAGGGGAAGAGGAUGAAGAUGACGCUGAAGACGAGGAGCCGCGACUCAAAUAUGCUCCGAUUACACCAGUCCUUGGUCCACUCUAUCGCAACAAGGAUGCUACAAGCACGUUCAUGACUGCCGGAAAUAAGAUGCAUGUGUACUCCGUCCCCUUUUUCCAACGCCUCCGAGUAUACCACGCUCAUUCAGCGAGCAUCGACUCCAUUUCCGUAUCCCCAUUUCCACCGCCUGCGCCUACAAAAGUAGAUUUCGCCCCUAUAAUACAGAGUGGUGGGUCAGGCGCGUCCAUAUCUGAGAGCCCAAAUGGAUCGAAACCACACCCAGUCACAAUACCACCAACUCCGUCAAACUCGAUAUAUAUUGCGACAUCUUCUAUGGAUGGAAACGUUUGUGUUGCGUCCUUAGUUGAUCCCAAAGAUGUAACACUCCGGAACUUUGGAAGGCCGGUCAGCGCAGUUGCAUUAUCGCCAGAAUAUAAAAGUGACAGAACUUAUGUCUCAGGAGGGAAAUCAGGAAACCUGGUCCUGACCAUUGGAGGUCGUGUUGGUGCAAGCUCAAACGCAACGUUGGGAGGCGCGAGUCCCACUGGUUGGUUUGGAUCGCUGGGCCUUGGAGGAAAUAAUGGGAAAGAUAGAAUUCUUCAUAGCGGCGAGGGGGCCAUAAGCUGCAUUAAGUGGUCAAGGUCCGGAAAAUACGUUGCCUGGGUGAAUGAAGAGGGCAUAAAGAUCAUGCGUUCGCAUUUACACCUUGAACAAGCGGAGGCAGAACAUGCAUGGGAACGAUUUGGCCAUACAGAUAGGCCACGGUCACAACUAUGGGAUGAAAUGGCUGGAGUAUGGAAACCCCGCGUUGUAUGGAUUGACGAGGAAUCGUUGGAGCGCGAAAAUGCAUCUCUAGUACAGGUGGAUGACGCCUCAACCCAAUCGCAACGAUUAGGAAGCCAUGGCCCCGAGAAACUGCUUGUUGGCUGGGGAGGCACAAUAUGGAUCAUAAAAGUCUCUCGUGGUGACCAAGCAGCAGGCAUUGGUAAGAAGAGGAUAGCCUCGGCUGAAAUCACGACCAAGCUACGAACAGAUUGUAUUAUAUCUGGUGUUUCGCUAUAUACCCAAAAUUUGUUACUUGUUUUGUCUUAUAUUAUCCCUGAGGAUGAGGAUCCUGGAACCCCUUCGAAGCAGGCUGGCCCUGCUCGUGGAAUUCGACGAAGGCAGAAUGGCCUCCAACCAGAGCUGCGACUAAUCGAUAUUGAUACUGAGGAAGAGCUGAGCGGUGAUAUCCUCUCCGUCCGAAAUUAUGAAAAUCUUUCUGCUUCGGAUUACCAUCUUGAUACUCUUCCACUGAGCCGCAUUGCUUCAACCACUCAAAGAGGAGCCUUAGAAUCGAUAACCGCCGGGCUUAUCGAUGCCACACUUUAUCCCAAACGUUUAUUUAGCUCGGGAACUAGCUCUAGAAGUAUGGGUAGUAAUGCGGACAAAGGAUCUGGUUUCCAGGUAACUGGUACGGUCGACUCUUCAGGCUUGCUUCAUGGUGGGAAAUACAACAAGGAGAUUGAAAUAGCUGCUACAGCAGGGAUCAGAGUCUUCGUACAUAGCCCGUAUGAUUGCAUACUUGCGGUUAAAAGGGGUUUCGAGGAUCGGCUGUCUUGGCUUGAUUCUCGCGAGCGGUAUGAAGAAGCUUGGGAACUACUUGAACAAAACCCAGAUGCUUUCAGUGCCGCUCCCGGGGAAGGAGAAGAGAGCCCUCCGGGAACCCCAACCCCGAGUGCUCCAGGCCAACCAGGUCUAUCUUUACUUGAUAGCUCUUCCAUUCGAACUACAAGCCAUUCUGGUAACUUUAAGUAUGAGCAGGAAAAGCGUCGUAUCGGCGAGCUAUGGCUAAAGCAGCUAGUUGGCCACGGAGAGUGGGAAAAGGCAGGGAACGUCUGCAACAAAGUUCUUCGAACUACUGCAGCAUGGGAUCACUGGAUCUGUGUUUUUGCGCGGAACAGAAAAUUCGACGAAAUCACUUCCCAUGUGCCAAUUGACAUUGAGCCUCCGUUACCAUCUUUUGUAUACGAGGUUAUCCUUGGCCACUAUGUUUCCCGCGAUCGAGCCAAGUUUAAUGAAUUGAUAGAGCUAUGGCCUUCUAAUCUUUUCGAGACGGAUAGCGUUACCGCGGCCAUACAAGACCAACUUGGCAUGACGGAGGAAGGAACUGAAGAUUGGAGGAAUCUCUUGAAUUGUCUUGCUAAGUUAUUCCUAGUUGGAGGACGCUAUCGCGAAGCUUUGCGGUGCUAUAUAAAACUCCAAGAUGGUGAUGCCGUUAUGGGUUUGAUUCGAGAGUAUCACCUGCUUGACUCCGUUUCUGAGGAUAUCCCAGGUUUUAUUUUACUCCGGGUACCAAAAAAUCGAAUAAAGACUGCUCCAACCGAUGAGCUAGAAGAGGCUACUUCUGAGCCCAUCAAGCUACUUGUGCGUGAGGCAGCUAAUGGUAUAGUCCAUCCUGAAACUGUAGUAUCGCAACUACAAGAGGCAGGCCUAGGACUUUUCCUUUAUUUCUACCUUCGUGCACUCUGGAGAGGAGACUUUAUGUCUAAAGAAGGAGGCAGGCCUGCUAUCAGAGCGCGUGGACACCACAGAACGGAAGCAGAGGCAGGCAAACUAGUCGCAGAUGAAGGGAGGAUAAUGAUCGACGGAUUUGCGGACACAGUUGUCGAACUCUUUGCGAAUUACGACCGCCCCUUACUCAUGCAAUUCCUGCAAUCAAGCACGUCGUAUUCCUACGACACAGCCUGUUCAAUUUGUGAGAGUCGCAACUUUACACCAGAGCUUAUUUAUCUCCUGUCUAAAACUGGACAAACAAAGCGGGCACUUCAGUUGAUCCUCUCUAGCUUGAAAGACAUAUCUCAUGCCAUUUCAUUUGCUAAAUCUCAGGAUGACCCAGACCUUUGGGACGAUUUGUUAUCGUAUUCAAUGGACAAACCGGAAUAUAUACGUGCGCUACUCACAGAAGCAAGCACGGCCAUUGACCCUAUAAAGCUUGUGAAGAGAAUUCCCAGCGGGCUCGAGAUCGAAGGCUUGAGAGAAGGUCUUACUAGAAUGAUUCGUGAGCAUGAUAUCCAAGCCAGUAUAAGCUUAGGGGUUGCAAAAGUUUUGGCUGGUGAGGUUGCCAUCCGAAUGGAUGCAUUGCGGAAAGGCCAACGGCAGGGGAUGAAAUUUAACGUUUGCCAUGACGAAGAUAGCGCCAUUGAGGAUGCUGAUGGUCCAGAUAAAGAUGUACAGCCACAUACAAACGGAGAGAUCCUCGGUGAGAAACAGAAGAGAGCAUCAAAUGAUGUCCCCCUAGGGCGAUGCGCGGGGUGUAAGGAGCCAUUUGUUGAGCAAGAAACGGAGACUAUUGUCGUCUUUGCAUGUGGCCACAUAUACCAUGUAUCUCACCUUCACGGCCCGUCAACACCUGAAGAGCAGGAAACUCCUCGGGAACAAGAUACAUCUUCACCGAAAUUUCACUAUCAGCCUUCUUCUAUUCAGUCCCCGACCCUUUCUCGUACCGUCGGCCUCAAGGUCACCAAUGCUAGGCUUUUAAGAGACGAAAUUGGCGACGGAUGCCGAAUAUGCGCUGAAUCUUUGAAGGACUCCACGCAGUAG